GGCAGCGCCCGCCCCGCCCCCGCCUGCUGCCGUUGCUCCGUUCGCGGACAUGGUGGUGCCGGUGCUGGUGCUGCUGCCCGCCCUCCUCGCCGGGCUCCUCUCGUGUCCCGGCGCCGUUGCCAGCGUCCCGCCUGCCUGCCACAAGUAUGGCGUGCCCGGAUGUCCAAGGGACUACAAUCCAGUUUGUGGGACCGACGGAGAAACCUACUCAAACGAGUGUGUGCUCUGCCUUUCAAACAGUGAAAAUAAAAACGAUGUCCAAAUUUUCAAGAUGGGAAGAUGCUGAUAUGGCAGAGGGGACACACAGUCCAAAUGGAAACAAUGCCUUAAAUGUACCUUCUAUAUAGCCUGCCUUAAUAAGCUUGCCUGUUAAAAUGAAGUAGUUACUCUAUUAA